AAUUAUUUCGUAAAUAUUUUCUUAGGAAGAUUACUAUUCAAACAAUGAUGAAUUAGAUAGCAGUGAUGAUGAAACUCUAAAAUUACUAAUGAAUAAUUAUAAACAAUCGUCUACUAUUAGAGACUUAAUGGGUGAAGAAGCAUUUUUUGAAUCAAUUUUAGUGAAUGUUGAUUGGAGUCCAGCAGAAUUAAUGCUAAUGACUCUUAAAUAUUAUUUAUCUACUAGGUCAUCAAUAACAAGUUUGUCGAAUUUAUUAAAACUUAUUAAUCGAAUAUGUGGUCAACAAUUUUUGCCUGAAACUCGCUAUAGAAUUAAUCAGUUGUAUAAGGAUAUUAGUAAUGUUACGUUACACAGUGUAUGUCCAGAGUGCUCUCAAUAUUUGGAACCGACAGAUGCAGUACGUGAUUAUUUAGAAACUCACCAUGAAUAUUACGAUUAUGUGGUGAAAGAAAGAAUUCAUGAAACAGACCAUAUUAAAGAUGUUUAUGAUGGAAAAUUAUAUAGGAAAUUUGUCAAAAGUUUAAGUAAAAGUGAUCGAAAUUCGUAUGCUACAAUGGCGUUUAAUACUGAUGGAGCACCAGUAUUUGAGUCCUCCAAUUUUUCUAUUUGGCCAAUUUACGGUAUGCUGAAUGAAAUUCCUGUGCAAGACAGAUUAAACAGCACAAUCACAAUUAGCCUAUGCUUUGGAUUAAAUAAACCAAAAAUGGGCAUAUUUUUACAUGAAUUUGUUGAAGUCUUCAAUGAUUUGUCAACGGUGGAAAUUAAUUGCAAAAUAAAAGAUGAAGAACGCAGUAUUAAGAUAUUUCCACUAAUUGCGUGUGUGGAUACAAUUGCUCGUGCUCCCAUGAAUGGAUCCAUGCAAUUUAAUGCUCGAUGUGGUUGUGACUGGUUCUUACAUCCUGCUAUAUAUCAUUCUGGCAGCAUGAGAUACCCAUUCUUAAAUCCUCCCGCUGAGGAUAGGAAUCGUAAUAAUACUAUUGAUUUUGUUAAACAGGCAAUUGAAACAGGUAAACCUGUUAAUGGUAUGAGAAAUGUUCCCUGUUCUCUUCUUAAAAGGUUUUGAUAUUAUAAAUGGCUUCACACCUGAUUACAUGCACUGUAUGUUAGCUGGCGUAGCACAGCAGUUUACAGAAUAUUUAUUAAAUUUAUUAUCAAAUGAUGAAAUAAAUAUUAUAUGAAAUAAUUGUUUUGAGUUGAUAAUAAAUUAUCAACUCAAAACAAUAAAAGUACCUCAUCAAGUAGGUCGUUUAUCAAGAUCAUUAAAAGAACGAUCAAACUGGAAAGCACGAGAGUGGGAGAACUCGGUUCUUUAUUAUAGCUUACCUAUUUUGAGAAUAGUUUUAAAAAAUAAGAAUCUCUUAAGGCACUGGUCUUUGUUCGUCAAUUCAUUGCAUAUAUGUUUACAGUUGGAUAUCACUUACGCAGAAUUGAAUCAAUCUAAUGUAAUGUUGCAUGAAUUUGUUUCACAAGUAGAAAUGUACUAUGGGAUCACUGCUAUGUCUUACAAUGUGCACCAAUUACUUCAUAUUGUAAAAUGUGUUUACCAUUGGGGUCCGUUGUGGGCAUAGUAUAUACACUAAUUGUUCUGCAAUUUUACUCGACUAUUGUCAAAACUUAAAUGGUACUUUGGCUAAAAAAAAAUAAAAGUAUCAAAAAUCACGUAUUUUGGAACAGAAAAAAUACUAGAUCAACAAUUAAUUCAGCAAUUUAAUUUACCAAGGAUAAUUAAAGUGUUUUCGAAAGCUGUAAUAAACCAUUUUUUAAUGACAUCAUCUGGAAAAAAAUAACAAACGCUCAUGUAAUUUCUUUGCACAGCUCCAAGACUGAUCAUUUGUUCAAAUCAACCAUUUCCUAUUAGAUAUUACUAAUAAAAAAGAAUUUACAAUUUGUAGAAUUCUUAAAACCAGAGGCAGCGUCUACUCAAGUAUAGUUAAAGAAAUAAUUGAAAUAGGAGAUGUAAUUUGUCUAGACACAAAUCAAAUAAUAUUACCAGCAGUUUUAUUUUGAAACUGAAACUGAAGAAAAAAAAAUAUAUUAUACAAGUACCAAAUAACUAUUUUUAUUGAAUUGCGAAAAAUUGUAUUUUAUUUCUUAUUGUUUAAUACUACCAAAUCAAAAAAAUUUAAUAUUAAGUUUAUCAAUGUUCAACAAACGUGCAUAAAAGCUAUACCUGUAAAUAUGCAGUACGAAAUUUGUAGUUUUUAUUUUGUAAAUAAAUGACAAAUUAUAAUAAAUAUUAUAAUAAAUAAACUGUACUUAAUUUUGUUUAAAUAUAUUACUUACUUUUUCACAAAGUUAAGCAAACUGAACCGUUUUUUUUACAAAUUUUGAAUAGCACACACAUGCACACACGCAUAUAUUUAUACCUAUAAUUUAAAAAAUAUGUAAAAAACAUAUGGUUAUAUAAAAUAUCUUAUCAGAAUGUAAUUUAUACUCCAUAAAAAAAAUUACAGAAUUUUUCCGGAUAUCGCGUGAUUAGUCGUGCGACUAAUCGAGCAAAAAAAAGUUUCAUUAUUACGCGUGAUCAAUCGCGCAACUAUUUGCACGACUAAUCGCGCGAUAAAUCGCGUAAAUAAUCGCGUGAUAAAUCGCGCGAUAUUUUUCAGUAGGGGUAUAAAUAAUGUAAUUUUAUUAAGACAUUGCUACUUUUGUAUAUACUUCAUAAGCUGUACAUACUGUAUAUUAUGAAU